AUGGAAAAAGUGGCGGCGUAUAGUUUCAGUCUUAACAUACGUGUGAUGAAAGUCAUCGGACUUUAUCCAUCCAAUAGUCAUCAGAGUUUACAUAAAAUCUACGCUCACGUUAUUUAUAUUUUAGCGAUGAUUCCGGCGACGACUUUGGGUUUGCUGCACUUCGUGUUUACUGAAGAUAUUACCAAUUUUACUUACAACGACUUUAUAAUGGUUGCUAUGGUGUUCUACACGUUCAAAUUUCUCCCGUUUGUGAAAAAUAGUGCUCAGAUUAAAAACUGUAUUCACUACUUCGACGAUCCGUUCUACACCGUGGUUCAAGAAAAACACAGAGAAAUUGUCGAAGAAUGUGUGGAUGUUUGUCGCAGGAACUCCAAAGUUUUUUUUGUGGGGUGUAUUGCGGGUUUGACCGGAUUUAUUGGACAAGCUGUCUUGAAUCUGGAGCAGUUGCCACUGAAUGUCUGGAUACCCAAAUUUGUGAAAGAGAGAGCCCUUUGUUACCAUAUUGUACAUUUUCUGGUUAUGUUGGGUGCCGUAUAUGCAGUCCUGGCAUGUGGCACAAUUGACCCUUUAAUAGGUGGAUUGGUCCAUCAAGCUGCUGCCCAAGUCCAAGUUCUGAAAGAAAAUUUACAACAUCUGGAUGCUCAAGUCCACAACGAAUCCGUUAAAUAUGAAGCAGUUUAUUUUCAGCUGAAAAACUGUGUUCAGCGUCAUCAAAAAAUUCUCAAUUUUGUCAAAGAAUACCAGGAGUGUUUUUCGCCUGUGGUGUUUAGUCAGUUUGCAGGAAGUAGUCUGGUAAUCGGUCUUCUGUGUUUCCAAAUUAGCAAGUUGUUAACUAUCGAUGUUACUGCCCUCAUUAUGAUGAACUAUCUUAGUGUGUUGUUCUUUCAAAUAUUUUUUUACUGUUACUACGGAACGCUGCUCAUUGAGGAGAGUAAGACUUUACCGAAUGCUGUUUAUAUGAGUAAAUGGUACGAGUGCAGCAUCGGUGCCCAAAAAGCUCUAGGUAUUUUGAUGGAGAGGUCCCAGAAACCCAUGGUUGUGACUGCUGGAAAAUUAUUCGACUUGUCUCUUGUAACAUUCACAACGAUUUUACGACGAGCGUAUUCAUUGUUGGCUGUUUUAAAGAACUAUUAG